AUAGAAAAUAUUAGUAAUUAACUGAUCGUUGCAUAGACCACAUCGGAAAAAUGUAUCAUUUAAUACUGUUAUUGUUGUCGAGUGCUGCCUUCCUGGCGGAAGGAAUUUACCUUUCCAACCUGAAUUCUACGUGUUUUCGAUGCAUUUGUGAGGCUUCCACCGGUUGCAGUAACCGAUUGCAGUGUGAACAUGGGUAUUGUGGACCAUUUUCAAUUUCCCGUGCCUAUUGGAUUGACGCUGGAAAGGUAGUCAAGGAGCAGGACGAUUCGAAUCGAUGGGGAGCAUAUGAGGAUUGUGCGAACGAGUAUGAUUGCGCCACCAACAUUAUCACUCAAUACAUGGAGAAGUACGGAAAGGACUGCAACAAUGACGGCCGGGUGGAUUGCGUGGAUUACGCAAUGCUGCACAUCAAUGGUGGUCCAACCUGUCAUAUGUCGCUGCAUUUGGAGUUUAGUAGAAAAUUCGAUAAGUGUUUGCAUGGGAACAAUCGACAGGCGGUGCCAGAGGCUACACCUAAGACACCAGUCAGUUAUGUGAAUCGGGUUUCAACGGCACAUUUUUAUUCGCCGGGCAAAUUUUAAAAACUACCUUCUUAUAAUAUACAAACAGAACAAAAAAUAUUAACAAUGCGUAAAAUACUACACAGAAACAUAAA